GCCUGGAGAGAGCUGGGGAAAUCGAAACUUCUCUCAGCCGCUGUCUUCAGUCACUGGGUGUGUCUUCCUGCACAGUGGACUUGUCAGGCCUGGAGGGAGGAGAGGAAAUCGAAACCUAUCUAAUCCUCUAGUUUACAUCAUUGGAUUCGGUUCCUGUUUGGAAAUUUAACUGGUCGUCAUGGCAUUUUCGGGCACAGGGACACUGGUGGCUUCCAUUGUCUCCAAGGUGACAUCUUCAGCAGCCAUGGUCAAAGCUGGAGGGGCAGUCUCUGGCACCAUUCUAGCUGGUUCGAAGGGGCUCAUCCUGUUAACACAGAGUGCCCUGGGCUCUGCAACAUCUGCACUUGGAGCACUGAAGGUUGGCACCACUUUAUCCGGGUUCUCUGCCUCCACCUUGGCUGCUUCCCCCAUUGGAGAGGAACCUGCCAUGGUGGGCAGGGAGAAGAAAAGUGACUUCAGACUUUCCUUCUCCACAGCAGGCAAAGCAGCAAGAAGGCAGAGAAAGGAAGGACAAAGCAAAAUCUACCUGAAGGGUUUUGAGUUCUCCAGAGCCAAGGCUGCUGUGGCUGUGCUUGGGGGAGCCAUGACAGUAGCUGCUGUACCACCUGCACUGAGUGCUGUGGGCUUCACCUCCUCAGGAAUUGCAGCCUCCUCUCUAGCAGCUAAGAUGAUGUCCUUGUCAGCUAUUGCUAAUGGGGGUGGAGUCCCAGCUGGUGGCCUGGUGGCCAUUCUGCAGUCUGCUGGAGCUGCUGGACUCUCCAUGCCAUCUACUGUCCUCGUGGGCUCUGCAGGGUCUGCCGCUGUGGCCAGUGUCAUGAACAUCUGUGAGAGUAUCUACCCUUUUCUCAUGGGAUCAGAGGUGGCAGACAUGGCGACAGAGGUGGCAGACAUGGCGACAGAGGUGGUAGACAUGGAGACAGGGGUGGCAGACAUGGAGACAGAGGUGGCAGACAUUUCAACAGAAGAGGCACUGCCCAACUUGUCUAACACAGAGAAGGAUUAAUUGCCCCCAGGCGACAAUCUCCUAACACAUAUUGCCUAGGUGGAAAUAAGAAAUAAAACCAAGUUCUUGCCAGUC